AUGGAAAAACAGCAAACAUGCAGGCAGCAAUUUGAACGAAAUGAGUUGAGGAAGAUCAAAGAAAUAGAGGAGAAGCAACGUUUAGAAAUGGAGAAAGAAAAGGAAAAGAAACUGGAAGAAGAAAAACUGGGACAACAGCGCAUCGAGAGAACGAAACUUGAAGGACAAAGAAAACAGGAAGAAGAGGAAUAUCGUCGACAACGGGAAAUUUUAAAUGCGCAAAAUGAAUGUGAAGAAAAGAUCAAACGCCAACGAAAUGAAGAACUGAAACAAGAGGAACUAGAUGAAGAAAUUGCAAGAAGGCUAGCGAGGGAAGAUCCUACUUUACAAAUGGUGGAAAUUUUUAGCAGGAAAGAGAAAAGUAUUAGCACUUCUAAAUAUAAUCUGACGAAGUACAAAUACGUCGAACUUCGCGAUAUCAUCAAUACUUCCACUGAUACGGAUUUAUUGCUUGCUUGCAAAGAAGAAUUCCAUAGACGUUUACAGAUUUAUCAACAAUGGAAAGAGUUAAAUGAGAGCAGUACUAUUGAGCGACAGACAAAUCGCAUACCAAUGGCAGUACUCGCUUCAAGCAGUAAAGGUUUCUCUUCACAUUUCUCGCAGAAUAAUGUCACUAUCCAACGAUAUUUCAAAGUGCCCUUCGCAAAAUCUACUCGUGGGCUUAUGAAUAUGCGUGAUAUAUCGGAAGUAGCAAUUUCACAUGGGAUGUGGUAUGCCCACUUCGAUGGACAAUGGAUUGCCCGUCAGAUGGAGUUGCAUCCAAAUAAGAAACCUAUAUUGCUUCUUGCUGGUCGAGAUGAUUUGGAAAUGUGUGAGCUGUCUCUUGACGCAACACAGUUGACAAGAAAAAAAGGUGCGGAGAUAACUGCUGUUGAGUUUGAAACUCUGUGGUAUCAGUGCGGUGGAUUGAAGUAUCAUGUGCGUUCCCAACAUGAAAGAAACUGA